GAAAAACAGGAGAGAAAAGCAACAUAACUUUUAGAUUUUAGACCAAUACAGAAAGUCGAGCUCCAACCUUGAAUCGAGCACGACACCACACAACAGUUUGCUUUUAUUAGUGAUCGCUCAAUAGCUGCACAAGUGGUCUUCGACCUCAUCCAUAUCAUACAACGCUGGCACUUGGCACCUCAUUUCAUUUCAAAGCUUCACAGAUAAAAAAAAAACAAUAAGACCUAUAUGAAAGACAAGCUUCAAAUAAUGUUGGUGAAAAAAGUGUACGGGUCAAUAGUGUUCAGCAAGACAAGAACAUUUUCUAAUGCGUUGGGGACUGACAGAACUGCAGUUUGGGCGCUAACAGGAAACUGAAGACCAGUGCUAUGCAUAAAUGAUAAAGCAAGAUACCUUUUGAAAGGAUCCAUCAUUGUACUGUGUGAAGGGCAUGGUCAUCCUGGACAAUGAUGGCAACAGAAUUCUCACCAAGUACUAUGACAAGGAGACCUUCCCUACUGCAAAGGAGCAAAAGGCUUUUGAAAAGAACCUCUUCAGCAAGACGCAUAGGGCGAGCGCCGAAAUUAUCAUGCUGGAUGGCCUGACCUGCAUCUACAAGAGCAAUGUGGACCUCUUCUUUUAUGUCAUGGGUAGCUCACAGGAAAAUGAGCUCAUUUUGAUGACAGUGCUGAACUGUCUCUAUGAGUCAGUCAGCAUGAUUUUGAGGAAGAACGUUGAGAAGCGGGCACUUCUGGACAACAUUGACGUUGUCAUGCUGGCCAUGGAUGAGAUUUGUGACAACGGUAUCAUCAUGGAGGCCGACUCGGGCGCGGUACUACAGCGGGUGGCGGUCCGUACAGACGAUAUCCCACUCGGGGAACAGACGGUGGCCCAGGUGCUUCAGUCGGCCAGAGAGCAGCUGAAAUGGAGUCUGCUGAAGUAACACCGCCCGCUGCACCUUCUGAUCACCGACUCCGCUCUUGCGGAAUACACAGAGAGACGGAGUGGGACCACCGUCGGGAGAGACCGUGACAGGCGAGGGGCAGGGCUAAGUGUCAGAUGGGUUGGAGUGGCUACCGCACCGUGUUUUGUACUUUGUAGAUUGGUUUGAAGGGAUGGAUAGGAAAGGCGACUGCGUCACGGGCGUAUGACGAUUGGAUGAAGUUGGAUUGGAGAGAGCGGCCCCUGCUCCCAAAGACGCGUCGGGUGUUGCCGCUGGAUGAAAAAAGGGGACGGCGUUGGGGAGAGUCGGUGUUGCAUUCCGUCGAGUGUCUUGGUGUAGUUGCCGCGACACUGGAUCUGUUUGUUUUGUGCCGGUUAUAUUUAAAAUGAAAAGAACACGGACGAUAGACGUGUCUACAUGUGGCGGAAAUGCUGCUAAGUAGUUGAUGGUUUGAUACAAUUAUCAAUAAACAAGCUAUGUUGAC